UUUUAUCUAUAUUGUGAAUCAGCUGUUUGCGAUACUUAACGGUACUUAACGCCGUCUUCCUUCUUUGUUAUUUAAUAUUAUAGAUAAUGUGACUUAUCAGCAAUUGAUUCGUGACUCUCGAUACGUUUUGUUACUUCAACAACUGUUAUAAUUUGAAGACAAUAUGGAAACGUCUGAUAAGAGACAGAUCCCAACGCAGUUGCGGAAAGUAUUGGCAGUGGAUGCUUAUUUGACAGAUGAGUUCGUCAAAUUAACAGAAAAGAUCUUGCCCUUAAAACAGUUAAAAGUACAUUAUAAAUUAUUGGAGAUAUCAUGUCAUGGUAUACCUUGGUUGGCAGUAAGUCUUGUAUUAAUUUGGAUUCUUAACAUUGAAGCCUUAUAUCAGAUGCAAGUUAAUCUUUUAAUAGGAUUGAUAUUUGAUAUUAUCUUGGUUGCUGUACUCAAGGCAAUCACAAGAAGAAGACGACCAACUGCUGAUGACGCUCAAUUUGCUAUAGGCCCUGAUAAAUAUUCUUUUCCUUCCGGACAUGCAUCUCGUGCUGCAUUUAUUGUAUACUUUUUCUUCCAUCUUUGGCCCAUAUCUUUGUUAUAUAUACCACCUUUGCUAGCAUGGUCCUUUUCUGUAUGUAUGUCUAGGCUGUUGAUGAGAAGACAUCACAUAUUAGAUGUACUUGUUGGUAUACUUCUAGGUAUCUUUGAAGGUUUAUUUAUAGGUUAUAUUUAUUUGGAGCAGGAGACAUGUAUCAGUUUAAUCUCUUGGAUCACAGAUGAAAAAGUAUAUGGAGCUGAAGUAUAGCACAACAUUUGUAUAUUGUAUAUUGUAUUGUGAAUUAUAUCUGAGAAAUGUGAAAUAAGACAUUGUGAAUGCAUAUGAAUUUGUAUAUAUGAUUGAUGACUUGUUCUUUGUAUAUAUAAUUAGAUAACAUUUUUCAAGAAUUGGAAAGGUCUAAUAAUCUAGAGUGUUUAAUUAUGCAGUUCUAAUCUAUGAAUUGCAUGUUUUUUUUAAAAACAUCGAAAUUAUAUUUUUAUCAUCUGUAUUUCCUGUCAUCGGUGAAUCGAAUAAAUCAUAUUUCUAAAAGAUA